CAGACUCACAUUCAACCCUCAUUUUCUUCUGCAAGGAAGCUAACUGAUAGCACCACUGCAUUCCAUCAUGCAAUGGCAACCACCUUCGGCCCCACGUGGCCCAUCAAAGCCCGAAUUGCAGCCGAUCCUCAGGCCUGAUCGGGUCAUACAGGAGGAUGGACUUGCUCAUAUAAAGGCGGCGACCUGGUCACCAGAAAGACCACGUCGUCCCUGGGUGCGCACGACUCUCAUCACGGUGCUACUGUCCAUCAUGAGCAUCAUUUCGUUGCUCGCGUUCUUCUCUCUGGGUCUGGGUAUAAACGGCCUUCCCCAUGCCCGUUUAUCAAGCCCUUCAUACGGCAAGCCGGUAAAUCCUAUUAAGGACACUCCGAUUAAGAACGUGGUAUGUUUCGAUUUCUAUCAAUUGCUGAAUGGUUACCCCUCCCGGCCUUCAGUACUAAGUAACACUAUAGGUGGUACUGGUCGAGGAGAACCUGAGUUUUGACGUGUUUGCCGGUGGCUUGACAUACAACUCCAACAUCGAUGGGUUGGUCAACCGCGAGUACUGCAACCCGUCAAAUGCUUCAGAUCCAUUCUCAGAGAAGGUUUGCGCCAAACCGAUCGCGAAGAAUGUGGCUCCCGAUGAUCCGGACCACAGCAUUACUGGUGGUAACCAGCAGGUGUAUAGCACCUACCACCCCAGCGCGAAGAAUGACAUGCCUGGCAUGCAGGGCUUCGUAACAGAGCAGAUUGUCUCUUACGGACUCGGCUCCGAUUUGAGUCGCGCUGCAGAGGUCAUUAACUACUACACGCCGGAACACGUGCCGGUUUUCAAUGCUAUGGCCGAGAACUUUGUGCUCUUUGACCGCUGGUUCGCAUCGGUUCCGGGACCGACCAACCCCAACCGUGCGUACCUCACUUCUGGCACCUCGCACGGCCACGGUCAAAAUGACCACGACUUCGAUGUCUCCAACUUGCCUCAGGUGUCUAUCUUCGAGCAGCUCUCGGCCGCCGGCAUUAGCUGGAUCAACUACUCCAACACUACUGGUUUCCUUCCGGAUUCUUUGUUCUACCAGUGGACCGCCAAUAGUGGCAAGGGCACCACCAACGUGAAGCCUAUUGACCAGUUCUUCAACGAUGCUAAAGCCGGUACGCUACCUCAGUUUACCUGGAUUAACCCAGAAUGCUGCUCGUAUAUGUCUUUCCACCCGCCCUCUCCAAUCAAUAUGGGCGAGGGCUUCAUUAAGAGCAUCUACGAGGCGUUACGCUCUUCCCCGCAGUGGAAUGAGACGCUUUUCAUCCUGACAUUUGACGAGCACGGUGGUUUUGCCGACCAUGUGUCUCCUCCUGAGAACGUGCCGGCUGGCGAUAACCUGACGUACACCGAAACGGCCAAGGACGGCCAAGAGGCUACCUUCCAUUUCGACCGUUUGGGUAUCCGAGUGCCUACCAUUUUGAUGUCUCCAUGGGUGGGCAAAGGCCUGGUUCAGAAUAGCCCGACUGACCAGCCUAACGAAUUCACCCACACCUCUAUCCUCAAGUAUGUGGCUGAGCUCUGGAACCUGGACAUCCUCACUCCUCGCGUCGACUGGUCUCCCAGCUUCCGAGGUCUGAUCACCAACAAUUUCCGUGAGACGCCGGAGAAACUACCUGAGCCGGCUGAUUUUUAAGGAUGAAUCUGUACAGUCUAGACCCGAUGUCUAGAAAAACAUAUGACCAUGAUGACGAUAUAAUUAUGACAAUAACCGUUUCAAUUAAAUGAGUCCAGGCAACAACGAAGAAUUUGCCUUUAUGAAAAUUCUCUAUUCCCUUCUUAGGAAUAUUACAUCAGUAGGUCUUGUAAGGUUGGUUGGCUCAGCCUCCACUACUUUGAGGUCUAGUCAGGGGGGGGGCCGGGUAUAUACUCUUCCGCAACUUAGAAUAUAAUGUUUGGUACUUGUUAAUUGUCCUGAACAUCCGUUACUCAAAUGUAGAACGGCUUUUGUUGCCAGUCCAUAAUCGGUUGCCCUGUGGAGUAUUUGGCAGCCGCUCAGCGUUUUCCGCCUAGAGAUAGGUCUUGUUGUAGGUAUAAGAUGCUACGAGGUGAAGUUGUUGGUAUCUGAUGCUCGGAGAUAAAAAAAAAUAAAGAUAAAUAAACGCAGCACGUUAGGUAAGGUCUUAAUCCAAUUUGCCCCUGAUCAGCAAUUGGUA